GAGGCCGUGCGAGUCUGUCUCCGCUUGGAUCCUGGCAACCCCUUUGCCCUGCGCGUCCUUUGCACGACCCGCCUCCGCCAAGGGCGUGUCUCAGCCAUGAGACGAGAACUUGACGAAGCGCUGUGCCUGCACCGAUCCAUGCCGCUUGGAGCCAGCCCGGCCCAGUGGUUCGACUCCUUUCGGAUUGGAUUGGAGGCGGAACUCCUGGUCUCCCCAAAUGGCCCGCGGCCUGCGGCUCUCUGCGAGAAGGCAGCCGCAUCUGCUGCUGUCUCCCCAGUCGGCAGCGGGGCGCUAUGGGGGCUCUACGCCACGAGCCUGCUGGUGAAGCUGCAUCGGACCUCCUUCGACCGAG